UUCUUCAUAAAUCCCCAAUUAUUAAUCUUAAAACAUACUAAAAUUAGAAAAAAGGAGAGCAAAAUGUUGGGGCCUCACUGCACAGAAAAUCCCCCAAGUCUGAGCUCAACAAGUGGAGCAGGAAAUAUUGAAGAAAUUGGAGGCCUUCAAACUUAUGUAACAGGAGAUCAACAUUCCAAGCUUGCUAUUCUUCUAGCUGCUGAUGCAUUUGGGUAUGAAGCUCCAAAGUUGAGGAGCCUAGCUGACAAAAUUGCAGCUCUAGGUUUCUUAGUUGUGGUUCCCGACUUCUUCAAUGGCGAUCCAUUCAGCUUUGAGAAGCCCCGGGAAGCUUGGUUGGCUGCUCAUACCCCGGACAAAGGGUGUGAGGAUGCCAAGAAUGUGGUUGCUUCUCUGAGAAGCAGAGGUGUGGCGAAAGUAGGCGCUGCCGGUUUCUGUUGGGGAGGAAUGGUUGUGGUGAGGCUAGCAAAAUUUGAUUGCAUAGAUGCUGCAGUUUUGCUGCAUCCUGGCCCUAUUACACAAGAACAAAUAAAUGAGGUGAAAUGUCCAAUUGCAAUGCUGGGAGCAGAGAUUGACAAUUAUGCACCACCUGAGAUGUUGAAGCAGCUAGGAGAAAUUCUAGAAGCAAAAGCUGAGGUUGAUAGCUUUGUGAAGAUAUUUCCUGGUGUUGGGCAUGGAUGGAGCGUGCGAUACGACGACAACGAUGAAUUCGCUGUGAAAAGUGCUCAAGAAUCUCAUGUGGAUUUGAUCAACUGGCUUACCAAAUACAUCAAGUUUGAAUGAUCGAUUUAUGUGGAAUUUGGAGGGUGUUUUCGCGGUUGUUUACGAGAAGUUUUUGUUAAAAUAAGCUCUUAAGUAGUUUAUAAACGGUGAAAAUAAGUUUGUAAUAUAAUCCGAUGUCAUGCACAUGAUUGUAACAAAAAUUACAAAUAUAUUUUGAAUUGACUUAUAAUCUU